UUUUCAGACUUUUGUAAUGGACUUAUUGGAUAUGGAGCUCGACCUCGGCGUCGAGCCCACUUCUAGCCGCAUCACGCGUAGAUCACAAGCCGCCACUUCAGUUACAUCACAAACACCAAAAACUUUGGGAAGAAAAAAACAAACGACCACGCCAGCGAAAAUCGAAAGUUCUACUGCUUCUGCUGCUAAAAAUCCAGUAAAAGAGGAAGAAAUUGUUCAUUCAAAGCCGGAGAGAACGCCGAAAAGAUCACCAAGAUCCCCAUCUACCGAGAAACGUGAGAAGCGUAACAAGGCCAAGAAGAGAUUCUCACCAUCGCCAGUCACCAAGAAGCGCAAAUCAAUUCUCACUCCUCGUCCAGCAGUUUCCAACGACGCUACUUCAAUUCCCGCCAGAAAGAUCAAAAUCGCCUCCCAAGCAGAGUUCACCGAGAGUCUUAAUCAGUUCAAAGUGGCGCUAGAGGGCCGUGGGAUCACUGAUUUCGAUAUUCCAGAAGACUGGAAGACCCCGACGCCUUCCGACACUGUUAAUCAGAUCAUUACCGAGCUCUCCGGAACCCUCCCUAACAUCAGUGAUUCUUCUUCGGCAGCAGCUCCUCCUGUAAUGGUUUAAUUACUUUUUUAAAACACACAUAUUUGUUUCCUCUAAAAUAUCGAAAAACCAAUACCACACCAUGUCAUUGCCCCCAUUCCCCCCUCCCCGUUCGCUAAUAAAUGAUAGUUCAAAGGUCU